UGGGGAAGAACCAGCAGCCGGUGAGUGAGGACCAGCUAGGACGGACGUCAUCUCUCACGCUCUUCUGACUUAUUUGACAUUUAACGAUUAACAAUGGCGUUGAACAAGCUCAGCAUCGACAAGUUGAAUCUCUCUGGUAAAAGGGUAUUAAUGAGAGUGGAUUUCAACGUACCCCAGAAAGACGGCAAAAUCACCAAUAAUCAGCGUAUCGUUGCUGCUCUAGACAGCAUCAAAUAUGCACUUGAACAGAAGGCGAAGAGCGUUGUCCUCUGCUCUCACUUGGGCAGGCCUGAUGGAAAUAAGAAUAUGAAAUUCACUCUGGCACCUGUGGCUGAAGAGCUCAAGACAUUGCUUGGCUGCGAUGUAACAUUCCUCCCUGAUUGUGUGGGAUCAGAGGUUGAGGCAGCCUGUGCUGAUCCUGCUCCUGGCUCUGUCAUCCUCCUUGAAAAUUUAAGAUUUCACGUUGAGGAGGAAGGCAAGGGUGUUGAUGCAUCUGGAGCAAAGGUCAAAGCUGAUCCUGCAAAGGUUGCCAAGUUCCGUGCAUCCUUACGUAAACUUGGCGAUGUGUAUGUUAAUGAUGCUUUUGGUACUGCCCAUCGCGCUCACUCUUCUAUGGUUGGUGAAGGCUUUGAACAGCGAGCAUCAGGUUUCUUGCUGAAGAAAGAACUCACAUACUUUGCUAAAGCUUUGGAGAAUCCUGAAAGACCAUUCUUGGCAAUCCUGGGAGGAGCAAAGGUCAAAGACAAAAUUCAGCUGAUUGAAAACUUGCUGGACCGUGUAGAUGAGAUGAUGAUUGUUGGAGGCAUGGCUUUCACAUUCCUCAAGGUUUUAAAGAAUAUGGAGAUUGGCACAUCCCUGUAUGAUGCAGAAGGUGCUAAAAUCGUAGAGAAGCUCAUGGCCAAGGCAGAGCAAAGGAAUGUGAAGAUGCACUUCCCAGUAGAUUUCAUUACUGGUGACAAAUUUGAUGAAAAUGCUAAUUCUGGCACUGCUUCAGCUGAGGCUGGUAUUCCUGCAGAAUGGAUGGGACUAGAUUGUGGUCCUGCAUCUGUUGAAUCUUUUAAAGAACCAAUCUCCAGGGCCAAGAUUAUUGUGUGGAAUGGACCGUGUGGUGUGUUUGAGUUUGAAAAAUUUGCAAGUGGAACGAAAAGCGUUAUGGACAUGGUGGUAGAAGCCACAAAAGCUGGUUGUACCACAAUUAUUGGAGGAGGAGAUACUGCAACAUGCUGUGCUAAGUGGGGGACAGAAGAUAAGGUUUCACAUGUAUCGACUGGAGGUGGUGCCUCUCUUGAGCUUCUUGAAGGAAAAACACUUCCAGAGUUUGCUGCUCUUUCAGAUGCUUAAAUUUUCCAUUUACAUCAGUGGCUCUCUCCUGCCAAUGGCAUGGGGUGACCCAAAGAAGGCAUGCUUAAAUUAUAUCAAUAAUAGAAUGUGUCUGAACCAGUGAAGCAUUAUCCAGACCUUUUAAAGACAAACAUUUUAUAAUAUGAUCAAAACUUGUAUGUCAACAGAAAGUACUGACAAAGCUUAGUAGAUUUCACUGACAUGUGAUGUAAAACAUACUAACUUAAGUGACAGUUACACAAAAUUUUGCAAAUGAAAAAUUAUUGACUUAGGAUUACUAGUCAUAAAAUUGCAAGUUUAAAAUCUGAGCUGAAUAACCUUAGAUCAGUUAAUUACUUAAAAAAUAAUUGUUCAUAUUUUAGAGCAUUUAUUUAAAUUAAGAAUGGAAUAUGGAUCUUUGUGUUAAUAUAAUAUAUGCAAAUAUAAUACUUGAACCAA